AAAUACUUCCUUUGUCCCAUAAGGAGUUGGUGGUGGAGUAAUUCCCAAAAAUGACAAAUGCACACUGUUAUGGGAUGUUACAAAAUAGAAAGAAGUGCACUCUUAUGAGAGGCAAAGAGAGUGUAUAUUAGAGUUAAAAUUUAUUAAGUCUAUAUGAAAAAUAUCAUUUCUUAUGAACACAUGUAUUUUGCGAUUGAGUUCUUGGUGAUUAGUACGUGUUGAUCGGAGUAUUUCUUUACAGGCAAGAUUGAAAUGAAGAAAGGCUUUGAAAUGAAGGUGGUGAUAUGAAAUUGAGAAAGAAUUUUGAAAAAAUUGGGGUUGGUGUCAUGAAACUUAUUGCAUCCAAAAUUGGCGUUAAUGAACAUGAUAUAAAAGCUUAACAAUAAUUAUAACAAGCAUUAAUAUCAUAUCGUGAACUAUCAAUUCAAUCUAUUUUCUUAACUGUCUUGUUCUUUUAUGCACAUCAUGAGCACUUAUAUUGUGAGACUGUUUGAUGAGUUAAUCAUCUAAAUCAUUGUGAUUACGCUCAAAUUUGAUUACUAUUGAUGAGGGAUUUAAGGUGUUCUAGUUAAAAAUAAAACAAAAAGUACUGACUUCAAUUUAUCAAAAAAAAAAAAAAGGUAAUGACUUCAAGAUUAAGAUGGAGAAUCUGAUGCAUGGGAGUGUAUGCUAUGUGCAAGUAAGUAAUCAACUAACAUCCCUUUCUUAAAACACAAAACAAAAAAAGUAAUUAACUAAUAUCCACUAAUUAAUCUCCGCAUUAUCCUUAUUACCAAACGUUUUGCAUGAUAACGACAACAUGAAAUUAAAAUAUUACCUCGUCACAAUUAAAAAAUUAUAACAUAAACAAAUGAAACUCUUUUAACUACAUAAAUAAACGAGUUGUAUCCGUUUCGUGCAAACACAACAAAGGCACCGCCGAUAUUCGGUUUUGCAGAGACGCAUAUUCCCGCCAAAAAGGUGAACCCCACACCCCAGCAUUGCGCCACGUGGCCCGGCAGGAUAAUAGCCGCCAACUCCUCUUCCUUACUUGAGAUUUCCGCUGUAAAACUACGCUCGAUCAAAAUUCUACUUUCUUCCUUUCUCUCUAUCAGUAUUUUGCCUUUUCGACUUCUUUUUUUUCUUUCUGCUGAUCACCUGGUUCAAUCCUCAAUUAUUUCUGUGGGAGCAAUCAAUUUACCUUUUCACGAUUGAUUUGUGUUAUUUUCUUACUAAAUUUUGGAUGAAAGUUCUGAAUAUGAUAUACAUACACAAUGAUACAAUACAAUCUGCAGAUUGACAGAUUCAGUCCAAUGGAGAAGCCAGAAACGCUGCCUGACAUGCUUGAUUGGAACAAAAACCUCACCACCGCCACCGCCGCCGUCAAGGACUUCGAUUAUAAGGAGCUGUGCGAAGUGAAGCAAUACUACCCCCAUGGUUACCACGGUGUAGACCGAUCGGGAAGGCCUGUGUACAUCGAGAGAUUGGGGAAGCUCGACGUGGAGGGGCUCAUGAAGAUCACCACACUCGAACGUUAUGUCAAGUACCAAACGCAGCAGUACGAGAAGACUAUCAAAAUCAGGUUCCCUGCCUGCUCUGCCGCUGCAAACAAACACAUUAACAGGAGCAUUGCCAUUCUUGAUGUUCAAGCUGUGAGCUUCAAGAGUUUCACUAGCCCGGUGCAGAAGGUUCUUCUGCAGCUGCGCAAGAUUUUCAACGAAAACUAUCCUGAGACGCUCUCUGAAAUGGUGAUUGUGAAUGCCAGCCCUGGCUUCAAGUUGCUUUGGAACGUCGUCAAGUGCUUCCUCGACCCUCAGACAGUGUCAAAGAUUCAGGUUAUUGGCAGCAAGUAUCAGAGCAAAUUGCUCGAAUUGGUUGAUCCAAGCGAGCUGCCCGAUUUUCUUGGGGGGAGCUGCUGCUGUAUGAGUGAAGGAGGGUGCCUCAACUCAGACAGAGGCCCAUGGAGAGACACAUCUGUGGCUUAAACUGGAGAAUAAUUUAUAAGCUAUGGUUGGCUGGAUUAUGGCUUGAUGAAAUACAAUUGUAAAUAUAUGCAUCAUUAUAUAUAGUCAUUGAUUGAUCUACACAUGUACAUUUACCUUGAGGAUCAACAUAUUUAUAGAUUCAUCAUGUCUUACACUUCAUUGACCUUUCUUGAUAUUAUUGAAGAUUGGUUCAAUAGUUUGUUUUA